AUGACGCCCAGCCCCCCCGAUGAAGCCCUUCACUUCCGUGGCAAGACUCUGACUCCAGAAAGCCCUCGCCCGCUACACAUCCCGGAGCCAGCAAAUAUCCCGGUCUUGGAGAACCAGAUGGACCCCGUCUUCAACGAUACCUCAACUUAUGAACGCGCCGUAUGGCCGGAACACCCGGGUCGCGGUGGAUGGAAGAAGGAUGGCCAGGGACGGUUGGAUGGUGGUCUGCAGCAGCCGGAGAACACUGUGAUGAAUGAUAAUUCUGCGGAUAUUUAUCCUUCCCACUCAACGGGCACUGAGCAAGGCCAGGGCGCAAAUGCUCACUCUGGCCUCGCUCCCCCCGAUUCCACUCACUCCCAUGCGACUCCGGUGGUCCCGGUCUCCCAAGGCAUCGCCACUGCGAGCGAGAUAGAAAAUGCCGCUAAGGUUGAGCCGCCCUGGGUUGGUGCGAAAGAAGAUGCAGGUUCCCAUACAGGUGUCAAUUUCCAGACGCUGCUGGACAAUCUGUCUUCAGGUGGAACGACUGCCGCCGCUUCCCAUCUAGAAGGCCAGUCGCUUCACCAUGCUCCCAAGGAAGAGUCUCAGAACCUCCCUGCCCGCCCUCUUGAUCCCUCCCUUAACCCCAAUUAUGCCUCCCAUUCCUAUGAGCAACCCCCUCCCGCUCUUGCCACAUCUUCCGCCUACGCAACCCACCCUAGUAACCAUGCCCAACAUUUCACUUCUUCCACCUCCCCGGGUGGUGCUCCGGGGACCGACGCGGGCGCCGACCGCCAGGGAUCUCAGGAGACUAUCAAGACAUCUCGCACCGAUAAGCAACCUGUCCGCACCGGCAAGGCCUCUGAUGAUGAUGCACCUUGGGGCCCCGAGGUUCAAAAGAAGUACGAUGAGUUCCUACAUGACGAGAGAGUCUAUGUGACGGAAGGCCUUUGGGAUCGCUUCCCGAUGGGAUCCAGACUAUUUGUUGGCAACCUCCCCACCGAAAGAGUCACUAAACGAGACAUGUUCCAUCUAUUCCACAAAUACGGCAAAUUGGCACAAAUAUCUAUCAAACAGGCCUACGGUUUCAUACAAUUUCUAGAGGCUGGAGCUUGCCAUGCGGCCCUGCAAGUUGAGCAGGGAGCUUUGGUGCGAGGCCGCAAGAUACAUCUUGAAAUUUCGAAACCGCAGAGGUCAACCAGACCUGGUCCGACGGAGGCGCCUCGUGCCCCUCCUCCUCGACGAUCGAGGUCACCAGAAUUCAGCCGUACCGGUCCUGCUCGGGCUACUGCACGGCCUCCGGGUGAUCGCUUUGAUCGGCCUUCCGAGUCCAGUCGGCUUCCAUUCAGUGAUUUCCGGGAUGAACCCACGCACCGAAGGCGUGAUGACUAUCGGCCUCCACGCUCACCCCGUUCACCUUCCCCUCGACCUUUUCGUUCUGGUCGGGAUGGGUAUCGAUCACGGGACAGAACCCCGGAACGGUUUGACCGCCGUAGACGAUCCCGGUCUCCUCGCUCGCCGCGCUCCCCUCGCUCUCCCUACUCUAGGGAUCGUCGGUAUCGCAGCCCCAGCCCGAGACCUCGCGGUGUCUAUGAAGGGGAAGCAGGUUUACCGGUCCCUCGACGGGCCCCACGAGAUGUGCCGGAGGUGCAGGUACUUGUCUUGGAAGAAGUGGACCGAAACUUUAUACUCCAUGUGGAAAAUGCUUUUCGCAACCGUGGCCUGCGCGUAGACGUGCUUGUGCUAGGUCCUCGAAUCCCAUUGGGAGCGGCGGUGCAUCGCCAAUACGUCGAAGGUGUCCUAGCUGUUGUUCGACUCUCCCGGCCCAAUCAAUUCUCUCGCAAGAUCCCUCUGCAGAUUUUCGAUCGAAGUGCGGGGCCAGAUAACGUCCGCUUCAGUGAUUACCCCGAGGUCGACCCUAAUAUCGCCGCCGAAGUUAUGUUCCACCAAGCUCAGGCAAUGCAGCGCGGUCCUGUUCCUACUUCAUUCGCGCCCAAUCCUGCCUUUGGGGUUCCCCCUAUGCAAGCUGUGCCUUUGCCUCAGCCGGGUCUGCCUCAACCGGGCUUACCUACUCUUACGAACCCUCCCAGUAUCGCAAACAUGAUCAGCUCCUUGGAUGGCCCUAGCCUCCAUACUCUCUUAUCAGCACUUCAGCGCCCGAACCCCCAAUCGCAGCCAGUCUCAGCGACGCAAUCACCCUUCUCGUCACCCAAUCCUCCUCCGCCAGCCGAUCUCGCCAGUCUUUUGACCAAUGUGACUCGGCCUCCUGUGCUGCCAAACCCUCAACCUCUUCCUCCCCCACCUUAUAAUCUCCACCCCCCAAAUGCCCCCAUUGUCUCAGAUCCACAUUUGCUUUCGCUGCUUGCUAAGGGUCUGAGCGGCCAACAGCCACAGGGGCAGCCAGUUGGUUCAAAUGUGCAGAACCUAAUAAACCACCUGGCAAAAUGGAAACAAUGA